AUGGACCGCAGGCUCUUCGUAGCGUUGCUUGCGUUUGUACUAGCUCACCAUGAAUUGGCCAUCGCUGCUUCAAUCAUAACGGGCACGGCACCUGGAUUUGCGGCGGGGACCACAGGAGGCGGCGACGUAAAACCCGUCUACCCUACCACCGUCAAGGAAUUGGCAACUUACCUCAGCGAUGCCGAACCACGGGUCAUAGUAUUGAAGCAAGAGCUCAAGUUCAUCAACACUGAGGGGUCCACAACCGAGAGUGGAUGUCGCCCAACCAACAACCAGCAAUGCCUCGCCAAGAACAACGGUUUUAAGGGACAGGAUGCGAUUCUAAUGAACGGAGAUACAGCUAUGCAGCAAACGGGUGGAUGCGACAGCGGCGGCAAGUCGAUUGAUGUGACGUAUGACAACGCAGCCAAGGAUCCAUUGACAGUCGCUAGUGACAAGACAUUGGUUGGUGAAGGCACCAAGGGUGUGCUGAAUGGCAAAGGUCUCAUCAUCACUGGCAGUAACGUAAUCGUGCAGAAUAUCCACAUCACGAAUUUAAAUCCUCAUCUAGUGUGGGGCGGCGACGGUAUCACCAUUCGAGGAGAAGGUGACGUCGCACCUAAAGGCGUGUGGAUCGAUCAUGUUAAAGUCUCCAGUGUCGGACGUCAGAUGGUCGUAAUUAACUUUUCAGGAGCCACGGGUGUCACGAUCAGUAACUCGGAUUUCGAUGGCAACACUAAGUACUCGGCUUCGUGCGACGGUCACCACUAUUGGGGUUUCUUGAUUUUGGGUAAAAAGACAGAGCUUAGUCUGCUUGGCAACUACAUUCACCACACUUCAGGUCGGUCGCCCAAGAUCGGAGGCCACGACGGGGAGAUCUCUGUUGUCCACGCUGCCAACAACUAUUUCUUCGAGAAUUCUGGUCACGCUUUUGACGUGGCAACGGGUGGGUACGUUCUCGCAGAGGGAAACUACUUCGCUUCGGUCAAGUCUCCGAACAUGGACGACCCAACCGGAAACUUCAUGGUACCUACUGCUGCGGCAGAUUGCAAGGCGACCAUCGGUCGCAACUGCGAGCUAAACGUUCUCAAAGACAGUGGCGCUCUGAAGGGAUACUCACAAGACAAGGUGGGGUCGCAGCUUACAGAUGUCAAGAAGCAGAUCACGGAUUAUAAGGUCACGGCAGCGACUCAAUUGUCGGAAGCUAGUGGCAACUUUGGUGUAGGUGAAUUCGGAGGUGGCAUUACUCAGUCGAGUGCCUCUAGUGGUGCUGAGGCACCUAAAACAGACCCGAAAACAACGCCAACAAAGGCUCCGGUGACGACGAAACCACCAACCACCAAGUCUCCGACAACCCAGGGAUCGGAUGCUGGUGCACCUACGACUCAAGAUUCGGGCUCAGCUGACGCUCCCGAUACGAAAGCUCCAGUAGCAACGAAGGUUCCGUCAAAUACAGCAACUCCAGCUUCGACAAAUACCCCCAAGACGAACGUGCCUACUCCUACAGACACUCCAAACCAGUCUCAGCCGCCUGCUCCAGCUAAUACCCCAAAUGAAGGAUCGACGAGUGGAUCGGUUCCUGGAUUUGGAGCUGGAACUUCGGGGGGUGGUAGCGCGAAACCCGUCUACCCCAAAACUAUCAAGGAACUCUCCACUUACCUCAGCGAUGCCGAGCCACGAGUCAUCGUACUGACACAAGAGUUCAAGUUCAUCAACACCGAGGGAUCCACGAAAGAGAGUGGCUGCCGACCGACGAACAACCAGCAGUGUCUUGCAAAGAACAACGGCUUCAAAGGACAAGAUGCAAUUCUCAUGAACGGCGACAAACCUAUGCAGCAAACGGGCGGGUGCGACAGCGGCGGCAAGUCGAUCGAAGUGACGUACGACAACGCCGCUAAGACCCCACUGUCUGUUGCGAGUGACAAGACUUUGGUUGGGGAAGGUACCAAGGGUGUUCUCAAUGGUAAAGGCCUCCUCAUCGAAGGUAGUAAUGUGAUUAUUCAGAACAUCCACAUCACAAAUUUGAACCCUCACCUCGUCUGGGGUGGCGAUGCGAUCUCCAUCGGCGGUAGUGGACAGGCACCGAAGAAUAUUUGGAUCGACCACGUCAAGAUUUCCAACGUGGGUCGUCAGAUGAUCGUGGUUCACUUCUCCGGUGCUACGGGCGUCACGAUCAGUAACUCGGACUUCGACGGCAAUACCAAGUUCUCAGCUUCCUGUGAUGGCCAUCACUACUGGGGGUUCCUGUUGUAUGGCAAGACGACGCAGAUCAGUCUAGUGGGUAAUUACAUUCACACGAUGUCGGGACGCGGACCAAAGAUCGGUGGUGCUGAAGGUGAUAACGUCGUUGUUCACGCUGCAAACAACUACUUCGACGACAACACGGGUCACGCGUUUGACAUUGCCGCUGGCGCGUACGUGUUAGCUGAGGGUAACUACUUCUCUUCGGUCAAAACGCCCAAUCUGGACGACCCGGCAGGACACUUCUUCGUUCCUGUACGAGAAAGCAACUGCAAAACUGCUAUUGGUCGUGCUUGCAAGCUUAACGUCCUCACUGCUAGUGGAAAGCUGACCAGUUACUCUGCACGAGCGGCGUUGGGAGAAGUGAGCAAAUAUUCGAAGCAGAUUGGUGGAUAUGCGGUUACUGAAGCCUCAAAGCUAUCGGUGGCGAGUGGUAAUUUCGGUGUUGGUGCACUAACUAGCACUAUUGCUUCCGCGACAAAUAAUAAGGAUACUCCAGCCAAAGAAGCUGAAGGUUCCAUUCAAGAAGCCCAACAACAGGAAGAUACGGCUGCUCAAACUUCGUUGGAAUCAAAUGCACCAGUUAACGAGGCGGCCUCGGUGGCGGCCGAUUCAGAUGUUACGCAAAGUGCCAUUCAGUCGACGGAGGCCCGCUCGGUUGGCACGUGCAAGCGAAAACUUCGCAAGAGACACUAG